AUGGUUCUGACAUGCGGAGAGCAGUGCCUUCGAAUUCUACUCGUUGUGUGCAAUCUUUUCGUCUUCUUAUUUGGAUGUAUAUGCACUGGAUUUGCGGCGUACACGUUGGCCAAAGUUAGGGAAUACACGAGCGAUCAAGGGGCUCUCAUCGUUCCUGCUUUUAUCCUCACUUUAGUGCUGUUAAUACUUAUCCUCGGCUUUCUGGGGUGCUGUGGCGCUUGGAAACUCAAUUCAUGCUGUCUCAAAACGUACGCGAUUAUUAUCACCAUUCUGAUCAUAAUUGAAGUCAUCUGCGGAAUUCUCAUUCUCGUUUACCACGACAAGGGUAAAGACUUUAUUGCCAAGUUCUUGAGGCAAUGCAUCAGAGAGGCGGAAGUUCCUGGCAAUACAGACAUGGAAGAUAUGAUGAGAAAUCUGCAAGAAAAGAUGGACCCUCAGAUUGGCAGAACCCAGGCAAUUACUGCUCCAGACCUGACAACCCCAUAUCCCAGUUCUCGUCAUUCUUCAAGCGGGCAAGGUUGCGCGGACGCUAUCUACGAAUACCUGCGAAGCCAUGCAAUCGUGGUAGGAGUGACAGCAAUUGUGCUUUCCAUCGUUGAGAUCGGUGCAGUCUUCGCCGCCUGCUGUUUGGCCGGCAAGCGGAGUGCCUAA